AUGGUCCCGGCCUGGGGAUGCGGUAUUAUAAUCGACUCGAGGAUCCCAUCACUAUGUUCCGGGACAUUGCUCUUCGGAUACUGGCCCACGGCGUCCGCGCCUGUGGAUUUGAAGUUGGCAGGUACUGGGCUGGAUGGCCAUCGGGCUGAGACAUCGGAGCAUCGGGAGAAAAUCAUGUCUGCGCAUAGCGAUUACCAGGUAAAAGGACACUAUGAGCUCCCAGACGAUGAUGCUGCGGUGCGGUUUACGGAGGAGCAACUAGGUCAAAUGGCUUGGUUUUCUCUGUUUGGCGCGAUCUGGCAGACUGGAUACCUGCUUAAUCGGUAUACAUUUACGUCUAGUCCAGAGAUCCAUCUGCCUAUCGGUCCCAUGGGAUAA